GGGAGCAAGUUGUUAAUAUAUAAUGAUGGGAAUGCCUUGCACGUGAUUUAGAAAUAUAUUACUCGGUCGCUUAGUAUCACCGUUUUUUUUUCAGACAGUAAAAAUAAUAUAGUAAAGAUUCAUUGAUUAAACGAAUAAAACUAUUUUACUAUGUCUAAGAAGAUAAUAUGUUUAUUCGAUGUUGAUGGCACGUUAACCGAUCCUAGACAGCCGAUUAAGCCAAACGUAGAAAAGUUUUUAUUGGAGACUGUUAAAAAGAACUUUGACAUAGCUGUGGUCGGAGGGUCGGAUUUAAAGAAGAUUAAGGAGCAGUUGGGCGGUGGAAAUUUAUUUGAAAAAUAUAAAUACGUUUUUGCUGAAAAUGGACUCGUCGGUUUUUUGGAUGGUAAAAAAUUACCUACCGAAACUAUUCAAGGUAAUAUCGGCGAAGAAGCACUGCAGGAUUUGAUAAAUUUUUGUUUGAAAUACAUAUCCGAAUUGCAUUUGCCCUUCAAACGUGGAACCUUUAUAGAAUUCAGAACAGGCAUGAUCAAUGUAUCACCGGUCGGUCGUAAUUGCACCAAGCAAGAACGUAUUCAGUUUUACGAAUACGAUAUUGAGAAUCAAAUUCGUAAGAAGUUUAUUCACACCCUUAAGAAACAAUUCCCGGAUCUUGCUUUAACGUACAGUAUUGGAGGUCAAAUAUCUUUUGACAUAUUUCCCGUUGGCUGGGAUAAAACGUACUGUCUCAGACAUAUCCAAGGAUACGACGAAAUACAUUUCUUUGGCGAUAAGACGCUGGAGGGUGAAAAUGAUUUUGAAAUAUAUGAAAGUGAUUUAACAGUCGGUCAUCGUGUGACUAGUCCAGACGAUACAAUCAAUCAGCUGGUCGUUCUUAUGGCAGUUGUUAAAGAAAACAAAGAGAAAGAACAAUUUACUGUUCCGAUGCAAUGUGUUUAAUGUUUUCGAUUAUAAACGGACAAAGUAUUUUAUUUAAGAAACACAUGAUACUUUUAUGUGGUAUAUCAGUCAGUUUUGUCGAGCAUUCCAUUUUUUUUGUUAAAAGUAAUGACACUUUGACUCUGUAAAUGAUUGUAAAUUUCCAAUAUAAGAUUAAAUAACAGUUCAGCGAAUUAAAUUUUUUAUUAUAGAGCAAAUCAUGCGUCUCGUAUUACCAAAACAAUUCAAUAAAAAAAAAAAAAAGAAAAUGGUUUUCUUUCUCGGAGAAGAAAAUAUCAAAUCGACAAAGUUUUACUUUAAUCUUGACGAAAUAAUAUUUAAGAAAUGAUGC